AUGACUUCCCAGACCAUUUACACUUCUGAUGAACUAUUAUUCCUGGAACACCCAUCUCAGAAGCUGUUUGAGAUUUCAGAUUGGGUGAUCAAGUUCUACCAGCAUGCCCUAGCCUUGGCAUACACCAUCAACGAGAUCAACAAGAACCCCAACAUCCUGACCAAUGUCACACUUGGAUUCCACAUCCUUGACAGCUACUCCAAUCCAAGGAUGACCUAUCGUGCCACUCUGGACCUGCUCUUCAAAUCGCACACAUUUGUCGCCAACUACAAAUGUGACACCCAGAAAAACCUCAUGGCUGUCAUUGGGGGGCUUGGCUUCGACACCUCUUUUCUCAUGACAGAAAGUCUAGGUCUCUACAAGAUUCCUCAGCUCACCUAUGGCUCAUUUCCUCUAGAGGACAAACAGACGACACAGUUUCAAUCAUUUUACCGCAUGGUCCCAAAUGAAGCCCAUCAGUACAGUGGAAUUGUCCACUUGCUUCAACAUUUCGGAUGGACAUGGGUAGGCCUAUUUGCUGCAGAUGAUGAUAGUGGAGAACAAUUCUUACAGACCCUGGAAGCGUUGUUUUCCCAGCAUGGAAUCUGUUCAGCUUUCACACUAAGGCUUCCAGCGCAAGCCCACUGGGAUGACCUUGUUGGAAUUAUGGAUUUAUUCUCAAAUAUUCAUAUAUUUUUCAAAGAUUAUGGAACCAAUGUCUGCAUCAUCAAUGGAGAGUCCUUGACAUUAGCAUGGCUGAGAGCAUGUAUAACUAUGCAAAACCCAGGAAAUGUAGAGAUGCUAUCAUUUACCAAAGUAUGGAUUAUGACAACUCAGCUUGAUUUCUUAGCAACAGGCAUUCAAAGAAACUGGGGGUUCCAGCUCUUCCAAGGCGCCAUUUCUUUCACCAUUCACACAAAAGAGCUUCCAGAAUUCGAGGAAUUUCUUCAGAGCAUAAAACCUCGAUGGAACAAAGGAGAUGGUUUCCUCAAGGAUUUCUGGGCGCAAGCAUUUGACUGUUCAUUUCCAGAUAUAAACAUGACAGUGCAAGACAAUGAGACGUGUAGUGGAGAUGAGAAACUAGAUAGUCUUCCCAGAUCUGAGCACAGAGCAACGGUGGGCAGCAGAAGAUUUGAUCUUCAAGAUAUCCAGCCCUGGCAGCUCCAUUUGAUUCUUAAAAGCAUUUCAUUCAACAACUCGGCUGCAGAAAUGAUGUCCUUUAACGGAAACGAGGAAAUGGGUGGUGGAUUUGAAAUAAUGAACAUGGUCAUAUUCCCAAACACAUCCUUCCAUAGAGUGAAAGUUGGAAGAAUGGAGGAUCUCAAAGCUCUUCAAGGAAAUGGAUUCACCCUUAAUGAAGACAUAAUUGUGUGGCACAGAGGUUUCAACCAGGUGCGGCCUGUCUCUGUGUGCAAUGAACAUUGCCACCCUGGUCAACAGAAGAAAAAGAAGGAAGGGGGGGAAUUUUGCUGUUAUGAUUGUGUUCCAUGCCCAGAGGGGAAGAUGUCAAAACAGAAUGAUAUGGUUGACUGCUUCAAAUGCCCAGAAGAUCAAUAUCCAAACAAUUACAGAGAUGGCUGUAUCCUCAAAUCUAGAAAUUUCCUUUCUUAUGAGGAACCUUUAGGGAUCAGUUUAGCCUCAGUUGCCCUAGUCUUUUCCCUAAUCACAGCUUUGGUACUAGGAACUUUUAUUAAGCACAAAGAUACUCCCAUUGUCAAAGCCAACAACCGAGGCCUCACCUACAUUCUCCUGGUCUCCCUCCUGCUCUGCUUCCUCUCUUCUUUGCUGUUCAUCGGACAACCUGGGAAAGUGACCUGCCUUCUCCGUCAACCUACUUUUGGCAUCAUCUUCUCAGUGGCUGUUUCUUGUGUGUUGGCUAAAACCAUCACGGUGGUUCUUGUUUUCUUAGCCACAAAGCCAGGCUCCAGGUUGAUGAAGUGGGUGGGCAAAGGAUUGGGUCAAGCCAUUGUCCUUUCAUGUUCCCUUAUUCAAGCAAGUAUUUGUAUUGGGUGGCUGGGAACCUCUCCUCCGUUCCCUGAUUUAGACAUACACUCGGUAGCUGGAGAAAUCAUUGUGCAAUGUAAUGAAGGGUCAGCUGCCAUGUUUUAUUGCGUCCUGGGCUAUAUGGGCUUCUUGGCCAUCGUCAGCUUCAUUGUGGCCUUUCUAGCCCGCAAGUUACCAGAUAGUUUUAAUGAGGCCAAAUUCAUUACCUUCAGCAUACUUGCAUUUUGCAGUGUUUGGUUGUCCUUUGUUCCAACCUACCUGAGCUCAAGAGGUAAACAGAUGGUUGCUGUGGAGAUCUUCUCCAUCUUGGCCUCCAGUGCUGGGUUACUGGGUUGCAUAUUUUCCCCUAAAUACUACAUCGUUGUGUUCAGGCCAGAGUUGAACAGCAGAGACCAACUAAUUAGGACAAAGAAUUAA